UGGCCACCGGCACGUUAUCACCGGUUGCGCAGUACGCAACCAAGCUUCGUGCGAAACGGUAAACGCGAUCGCUUGCUCCCGGUCUCAUCAUCAUGACCAGACCCGAGCCAUCCCGCCGAAGCCCCGGGCGCUACAAUAGACCGUCGCCACCGCCCCACCAGCACGUCGAGCACGCUGGCAAUCGGGGCGUACGCAUCUUUACCGGCAGCGAGAAACAGUCGAAAGUGUUCUGCAACCCGGUGAUCUUCAACCAGGACGCUAUCCGCGUCCAGCCGUACCAGGAGAACGAUUGGGACAACAACGAAACGACACCGAACUACGAGGCGGAUCGUGCCGUGAAUGGGUCGGAUCGGCGGAACCGGGACAACGGUGGUUACGAUGUGCGACGCUCGGUGCUGGAGAAUGCGCUCAACAUUGCCUUCCUGGCGGCCAACUCCAAUCAGCUGCGGCUGCUGGGCAGCUCCAACAGCGAGCGCCAGGAAACGGUCAGCUAUCAAACUAUCUUCGCGCUGCUGAUAGUGUCGCUCGUACUGCAAAUACUGAACUGUGUCGCCAUGCUGAUGAUGUCGACGUACACCAGUCAGCGUUGGCCGCUGCUACGAACCCUGGCCUGCUUGGUGGCGACGGUAAUUGCGCUGCUGAAUCUGGGCGUCGUAACGCUGCUAAAUGUUUUGCUGGAAACUUAGCCAACUUUCCCACCAUGGAGUGAGCCAUGUGCAAUUGCUGUGGUGCUUUGUUAUCGUUUUUUGUUGAUUUGUUUGUCAUAAAAUAUACAUUUUUCUUCAAAAAAGCAUUGUAAAGCUGAAACAUAUUCCAAUAAAUACCAUUGCAAAAUU